AUAAAGCAAAGCAAUCCAGUACAACAAUUCUCACCUCGAUCGUCUAACUAUUCAUCAAACUUGCGCUACCCCCUCUCAGGAUCUCAUCAUGAGGACAUUCACCAUCGCCAUGAUCUCUUCCCUCCUCGGCCUCACCGCCGCUCUCUCUCCACCCUACGAACCCCCUUGCGACACAUGCGUCCCCACCCCCGACAAGAACAAGUGCGACAUCACUACAUCAUGCACCUACGUUUGGGGCCACAACAACCCUCAUACACCCGACCAAAUUACUGCGCCUGCCGCCAUGGUUACCGUACGUCUCCUAACACAUCCAACAGGUGCGACAGGCUACGACGCCAACGAUCUCGAGGUCCAAUGGCGACUGCCAUGGUAUGGUACACCGAACGGUGACCCGAGCCAGGAGGGUAGGGUGUUUGUGAAGCCGGGUGUUGAAUGUAAUACGCUUUGUGAUGAUUGGUAUCUUGGGAAGGAUGGGUGUAAGGCUGUGCAGGUGAAGAAGUGGUGUAUGUAGGAGAGAAUGGUAGUGGCUACCAGAAGAACGAGAUGUAUUCUAAU